AUGAUACAGUUGGCAAUAUUCGGCUGGCAAACGGUAGCCAUAAAAUACGAAAAAGAUCAUGCUACGGACUCAAUUCUACCUAACUACUAUGAAUAUGGUAGAUUGGAUAUUCCUAGUUACUAUGAAAGUUAUUGGCAAAGUCCUGAAGAACGCUUUUACACUGCCUUAUUUGUGAUUCAAGCAUUAUGUCUUCUCGCCUCAUUUUUGCUGUUGUUUGCAUCUUGUUCGCUCAUUUAUGGUGCUCACAUGGGGUCACGAUGUUUGAUAUGGCCUUGGAUUCCGUGUAUGACAGCUAGUAUACUAUGCACUACAGCUUACUGUAUCACGUGGUGGAGUGGAGAUGUUCGAGAUUACUGGUUGCUACUUACAAUACUCCAAAUAACUACUGUAUUCAUAAAUUCGUACUGCUUAAUUGUGGUACUGCUGUACUACCGUAGAAUUAACAGCGAACUUAAUUGUAAUGGUGGAGGUUUCAAACACCGAACGAUACAGUACAAGCCAAAAGCAUACAAGGAACUGAGAAAAAAAAAUUACUGCUUGAAUAAUAAUUUGCCUGGUUAG